UUCUGUCACAGCGACGUCACGAAACAUGGCGCUCGUGCGGAAAGCUGAUGCUGGAACACUCUGUUUACAGCGCUUUUGAUUUAUUUUUUUUCCACGAACCCAGAAGUUUGACAAUGCUGGGAAAAGACACAUCCUCACAUUUAAUCGUCCGAGAGAGGUAGUAAACGAGCGAGCGGUUUAAAACGAUGAGACAUAGUCGUAAAUAAGACGCCGGUCGCGGUUAGCAUUAGCUUAGCUUCAUAAACAUCACAGAACCGUCGUGUUUGCUAACGCUCAUAACGCGACGUAUGACUAAUAUCACACAACAUGAGUCUUUGACACGGCGGAUAUAACGAUACAGACGAACGUAGACAUAGAUGAGCGAAUCCAAGCGUCAUUUGUGUUAUUUAUUUAAAUGUAAUAGCUAUUUCUAGUUUGUUGAGGUAGUGGAUUAGCUGCAGUGCUGAGGAUGGAGGCUCUUCGUGGAGGUGUGUGUUUACUAGGAUUUGCCAGUCUCUCACAAGCUGCUCCAGUCUCAAAUACACUCGCAGCAGAGGCUGCUGGAUAUGUGGAUUUCUCUCUGACUGUCUCGCUGCUGUUGUCUCUGGCUGUGUUGGUGGCCCUUGUGGUCCUGCUGCUCAACUGUGCUUCCUGCUGCAAACAGCAAGAGAUCAACUUUAAGGAGUUUGAAGACCACUUUGAGGAUGAGGUUGAUUUCACCCCCCCAGCAGAGGACACCCCCUCUAUGCAGUCGCCUGCGGAGGUUUACACACUCGCUGUUCCACCUGUGCCCCUCCCUGGACCGCCUCACCUCCAGUUGCCCCGGAUGACAGACGUCUCAUCAGGUCCUCACGUGGCACGACACUCUCUCAGUUACAUUCAGGAGAUCGGGAACGGCUGGUUUGGAAAGGUUCUGCUCAGUGAGAUCUACGUGGACCCCGGAGUCGCCCGAGCGGUUGUCAAAGAGCUGAAGGCCAGCGCCAGCUCCAAAGAGCAGAAUGAGUUCCUGCAGCAGGGAGACCCGUACAGGGUUCUUCAGCAUCCUAAUAUACUGCAGUGUCAUGGUCAGUGUGUGGAGGCCGUCCCUUUCCUGCUUGUUUUUGAGUACUGUGAACUGGGGGACCUGAAGAGUUACAUUUCUCAGCAUGAAUGGCUGUACAGGAAUGGAGAACUGCUACAGCUGCAGAAAAUGGCCUGCGAGAUCGCUGCUGGGGUCACCCACAUGCACAAGCACAACUUCCUGCACAGUGAUUUGGCUUUGAGGAACUGCUAUCUCACUACAGACCUGACUGUCAAAGUAGGAGAUUAUGGCAUUGGCCCUUCGAGUUUUAAGGAGGAUUACAUCAUAACAGAAGACGACCAAUGUGUAGCACUGCGCUGGCUUGCCCCAGAGCUGAUUGGUGAGCUGCAUGGCGGUGUGAUCACAUCAGAACAGACUAAACCCAGCAACGUUUGGGCAUUGGGUGUGACAUUGUGGGAACUGUUUGAAGGUGCAAAGCAGCCAUAUCCUCACCUGUCAGAUAGAGAAGUGCUCCACCAUGUGCUCAAGGAUCAACAAGUCAGACUUCUCAAGCCACAAUUGGACUUACCAUACUCAGAAAGAUGGUAUGAGGUUCUACAGUUUUGUUGGCUGCCGGCAGACAAGAGGGCCACUGCUGAAGAGGUCCACCGCCUGCUCACUUACCUCCGUAUGCAGGGUCAAAAAGAUGUGGAGGAUGACUUCGAGCAGCGUUGGAGCUCUCUCAAACCCAAUCCAACCACUCGUCAAGCCACUAUCAGUCAUUCCUCCUACCCCAUCUUGGAGCAGUUUGAUGAUGGCCGAGAACCAGACGAGGUGCUCACAGUCACUGAAACGAGUCACGGGCUGAGUUUUGAAUAUGUGUGGGAGGCAGCCAAGCAUGACCACUAUGACAGUCAUAGUCGCUCUGCCUUGGACACUACUUUGAAUUACCACAGUAUGUUCUUUCCAGUGCCACGGCAAGAUAUCCAGGCUCAUUUUCCUGACACUGUAGUGCAAGGAGAAAAUGGCAAAGUCCCGGAAACCUUGCCAGUGUUUGAUGCACACAAAGCAUCCUCUGGAAAUGACUACUUUAUUAAGUUGGAGGAGCAAGAUGAGAGUGAAAUUGGCAUGGGGGAAAGUCAGGGUGCUGAAAGAACCAAUGCUUCAGAGCAGCAUCAGUAUGUAGUCUUACAGGAUGCCCGAUUGGAUGAAUCCAGUACGGAUGCUGAUUUCUUCCAUCAGAGCAUUGACUCAAAAGACUCUUACCUUCAGGACAGCCACAUUUGGUCCUCAAGUGAACAUGAGAGCCCUUACCAUACCAACAUUUUCAGUGAGGGUGAUGCAAAACUAGAAGAUUCUCAUUCAUUCACGGGAGGUUUUAUGGAGCUCCCGGAGAUGAAUGUACAGAGGGAGUCUGAUGGUGAAUCCAAUGGGAAAGAGGCAAGUGACAGUUUUCUGAAGUCUUUUUUAGGGGUUGGAACUGAAGCCAUUCAUCUGGAGGUCUCUGAUCAGCAGAGUUCAGAUGUAAUGAAGCUUCUUAACACUGAGAAACUGGCUGAAAACUUCUUGUUUCUUAAAGAUAACAGCCUAUUGAAGGACAAGUCACAGUCUGAAUCAAAAAAUAUCCAGGAGACCAUGAGCUCUAUCAUUGAGACUGAUGUCUCAGAUAGUGUAAACCUCACAGGUGAGUCUUUGAACUCAGCUGGGAAUUCUGCGCAGCUUAAGGAUGAAUUCUUAGACUUAGUCAGCCCUAUUUUAGAUGAUUUUCUGUCGCCUUUGAAAGGAAAUGAAACAAUGGUGCCUUUUGAUAUAUUAGUAAAAGGACAAACCUGUAGCAACCACCUGCCAGACACAAAUGGCUCUUUGCGUUCUCCAAAAUCUAGGAACUACUCCUCUUCUGAUUCUACCUCUGAGAGUGUUGAGGUCAUUGUUAACAGUCCAUCUGAUAGUCAUCAAUCCCUUGAAAGUGCCACUGCAGAUACAUAUAUGCGCAUCAAUGCCAAAUCCCCCAGCCUUGAAGAAAGCUUCGGAGCCACAAAGGAGAAUGGGCAGUAUCGAGAAAUCAGCGAUGCAGCUGAGCUUAGCUUUACCACUUCACCUGCUGGUGAGUGUACAGAAGGUGGCCUCACUGAAGGUCUAACAAGUAGCGACUCAAUGGGUGAUAUAAUAGAGCUGGACAAGAAGACGUCCAAUGAUUAUCCACCAUCAGAAGCCAUCGAUCAAGUUCAAGAAACUUUAUUGGACAAUCAUGUAACUCAGGACAUGUCCUCACUGUUGGUUUCAGACGUCUGUCUUGACCAAAUAAGUCAGGACAGCCUUCUUGAUGAUAGCUCCUCUUCCACUCUUCCAACCAUUGAGAAUUCGGCUGAAACGCCAGAUUCUUUAGACUCUUUGGAUGUGGUGCAUGGACAGUCUUUGGAAAUGCCUGUAAAUAAGCUUCAACCUCCAUACAAAGCAGCUGACAGUGGGUAUGAAACUGAAAACUUGGAGUCACCUGAGUGGAACUCUCAAACAGACUUGAGGGAUUCCUCUGAAGAAAAUGAGUUGGGAAGUGCCAUGGAGCCUGCAGCACUGGUUCCACCAGAAAUUAUCAUUUCUGACGUGGACACUGUACCUGAUGUUCAGGUGAAUGGUGGUAGAGUUGAUCACCAACAAGUACCUGGUGAAGUUCCCUUAGGUGGAAACUACCGAGACUCUGCUUACUUCUCAGACAAUGAGGAACUGGAUAAGAAGAGUGAUGACAUCAGUGGAAGCAUCCCUGGAGAUGCUUCAUUUUGGCUCCAGAGUAACCGAGAAGCUGGUGAAAAUCAAGAAACCGAAGCUGUGGAGGAGCAUUUGGUAUCCGAGACUUCCCCUGAAUCUGCAGGUCCUACUUUAGAAUCAACUGAGGUUGAUGUCCAGGCUACAAGGACUGUACUUCCUGAGUUGGUUCUCACCACCGAGGAAGACUGGAGUCAGGAAAAACCAUUGACUGUUGAUGACUCUGACCAAACUCAUGCCCAUGCAGCCCCGGAACAUGCAGCAACAUCCACUACCUCAGUGCAGCCCUCAACAGACAUGGUCAUGGUUCAUGCAAAACUAACCAGAACAUAUGCUGGGGAGAUAACAAAGAAGAAGGAGCCAGAUAUGGAGGGGAAAUACUUGGGCAAGCUUGAUCGAUCCUCACUGGAAUUCGGCACCGAGGAUGGCAUGGAUGCUGAUGAAGAAGAUGAGAACAGCGAUGAUUCAGAUGAGGAUAUGCGUUCCUACCGAUUACACAGCUCUAGCUCUGAGUGCAGUGAGGAUGAUGUUGUGCACCCGAUACCUGUUAUCAUCUCCGACGACAUCAGUUCCCUCAACCUCAAAAGCCUGCUGAAACCCAAAUCUCUUCAGACUGCUAAAGCAACAUCAGAAGUGGGCAACAAUGGAGAUAAUAGACGUGGAGUGUCAUUCUUUGACGAUGUCACCGUCUACCUUUUUGACCAGGAGACCCCAACAAAGGAACUUAGUGAGCAUACUCUUGACCCCAGUAGUCAAUUGUCUGAUUUCAGCAGUCCAGGGGCCUCCUCCAGCUAUCUUAACAGAUUUACCAACUCCGAGAGCUCCACUGAUGAAGAAGGUGGUGCAUUUGAGUGGGACGAUGACUUCACAUCUCCACAGCCCAAUUUCCUUUCAAAGGCAGCCAGUGAUCAUUCUGCCAGUAGGCCCAGUGGGACCUCGGCAGCUUCGAAGUAUUUCUCACCACCCCCUGCGAACCGCACCCUGGAGCAGAGCUGGAGCAGUCCCUCCAACUACACCCGCUUCUCCAUCUCCCCAGCCAGCAUGGCCAGCUUCUCCCUCACCCACCUCACAGACUCUGACAUUGAGCAAGGGGGAAGCGGUGAAGAUGGAGAGAAAGAUUAAACAAUCUAUCGGACACAUAAAUAUCGGAGAUAUGUCACGGAUGUAUUUGAUUUGAAGGCUUUGAUUGCUUCUCAGGCAGCAUUGGUAUUUAUUUGGGGAUAUGAAGGGGACUGAAGAGACUGAGCUGAUGGCAACCUGUGUUCUGAACAGUCAUCUGGUUUUCCAUAAACUAUGAUUUGCUAUGUUUUUCAUCAGUGCAAUUUGGAGGAACCUUGCUUCGCAUAUGCUUUAGAAACUUUUGCGCCCUUCCCAAGUGCCCUGCCUCACUUUCCUUCUUUUGCUAAUUUGCAGUUCUUCAUAGUGUCCAGAUUUUACGUCAGAAGGAUGAAGAUGAGAUUUCUCACUCAAAACCAGAGGACUCUCUGUUAAACACUAAUGAGCCAAUAGACUCCAACUCAGUUGUGCAAUUGAAAUCGUGUAAUACUUGCCUUUUAUUGUUACACACUGGAUUUUAUUUAAUUUUUUAUGUGAAAUCUAGUGUGACGAGCUUAUUUAUAUGGAUUUGAUGUCCAAUAGAAGCAACAUGGGUCUCCACAGAUAUUUUUGUACAGUGUUUGGACUACUUACAAACCACUUUCACCCAAGCAACAACUAGCGUAGUUUCAGUGACGUGUUUUGUAUUAAGAUGUAGAAGUUAGGAAAUGGAUGCGGGCAGCUGGAGAGUUUUGGCUAUGAGAUGCUAAGUCUUAAGUAGUGAGCAUUCUUUGUCAUUGCAGUCUGUUCACGAGGAAUUCAUGGAGUGCUGCGCAUCAGGGCCUUUAGCUGUCGGAUUGUAUAGUGAAUGGGCCAUCGCAAUGCCUCACAGCCCCUCUCAUCCCACUUGAGGACGCCCUUCAUCCAAAAAGAACUUCAGUUCAGGUUUGCGUUG